AUGAUGCUCGGUCUGUUGAAAAUGGUCCCUGCAUCUUUCCUCUGGCUUUCAAGCGUGCUCGCGUUGUCACUUGACGUGAACUCGGACGAAUCCGUGUGUGCUGCAGCCAAGGAAAUUGUCCAGGGAGAGAUGAACUAUUACGAAGGAAUCACGUACGGUGGUACUGUCGGAAUGUUCAGUGCGCCUUACUAUUGGUGGCACGCCGGCGAGGUUUUCGGUGGCUGGGUGGACUACUGGGCCUACUGUGCCAGCGACAACGACACAUUCACCGAAAUCCUCUACGACGCGAUGUACGCGCAAAAAGGAGAUGACUACAACUACAUGCCGCUGAACCAGAGUUUGACCGAGGGUAACGAUGACCAGGGUGUGUGGGGCAUGGCCAUCAUGCAAGCCGUGGAGCGCAACUUCACCAAUCCGACGGACCACAGCUGGCUCUACAUGAUCCAGGCCAUCUUCAACUCGAUGAACAACCGGUGGGACACGACCUCAUGCAACGGAGGGCUCCGGUGGCAGAUCUUCACCUGGAACAACGGAUACACGUAUAAGAACUCGAUUGCCAACGGGUGUCUCUUCCAUAUUGCCGCGCGGCUCUACCGCUACACCGGCGAAGAUUUGUACUUGGAGGUAGCUGAAAAGGUAUACGACUGGAUGUGGGAUGUGGGGUACUUUGUCGAAGAGGAUGGCGAGCUUAUCAUUUACGACGGUGCCGAGACCACCGAGAACUGCACAGACUUGACCAUGUACGAAUGGUCGUACACGUAUGGAAUCUUCAUGUCUGGGUAUGCGUAUUUGUACAAUGCCACUGGAGAAACAAAAUGGAAGACGGCUGCUCAGGAUGUGAUUGAUGCCUCGAGCUACUUCUUCAACGGCUCAAUCAUGACCGAAACCACGUGCGCGUACUCGGACGUGUGUAAUACCGACCAGCGGUCGUUCCGGUCGUUGUUUUCGCGGUGCCUCGGAUUGACGGCCACUUUGAUUCCAGAUACUUACGACACGAUCUUCACGGGCUGGUUGGUGCCAAGUGCGCAGGGUGCGGCCGAGUCGUGUUCGGGUGGUACGGACGGCAUCACGUGCGGCAUGAACUGGGCGUACGGGGGCUGGGACGGCAAGUACGGGCUCGGCGAGCAGAUGUCUGCGUUGGACUGUGUGAUGUCGAUGAUCACUGUGGACCACGACCCGUUGACGCUGCUGACGGGCGGCAGCUCGGAAGACAGUGAUGUUUCUGCGGGAAACGACACGCUGUCUCUGUCGCUGUACAACACGAACUUGAUCAGUAUCAGCUCGGGCGACAAGGCCGGGGCCGCGAUCCUCACGGUGGUUGUGUUGGGCAGCUUUUUGGGUGGUCUGGUGUGGAUGUUGCUCUAG